AAGGAUCUUUGCAGAGGCAGUGUGUCCUUGUUGCAGGUGGCUCAUCCCCUGCAACGUCCUGUCCUCUGCAGAGGCUGGAGCAGCCCUGUGGCAUUAAACUUAUAUCUCCCUGCAUUUGGGGCGAGCAGGGACAGGGCUGCACCACGGAGGUGCAGAGCUGUUGGGGGACAGGCAGCAGAGUGGGUUUGGGGUUGUGGAUGCAGGCACAAACUGAAUGAUGGGGUCAUGCCCACCAUGGGAGCGGGGCCAGUUCCCCUGGCCGUGCCUGUGUGCCUGCAGUGCCAUGUGCCUGGGGUCUGGGCGAGGCAGGAGCUCGUGUCGGGAUGAAAGCCAGGCGCGGGGUGGCACGGGAUGCCGGGGCGGAGCAUGGCCCGGGCCGGGCAGAGUCCGUCCGAGGCGCUGGAACUGGAGGCAGUAUGGCAGCAAGGGGCCUCUGCUGCGGGCACCAGCCCUACAUUCUCCUUGCAGUGGCAACUCUCUGCAGAGAGCAGAUCCACCAGGAGGUGCAGGAUUACUAUGGCAAAGAGCUGCAGAAGUCAGAGGACCUCAAAACCAAUGCGUGUGUCACCUCGGCCAGGCCCCUUCCCAAGGCAGUGAGAGAUGCUUUGGAGUGUGUCCAUGAGGAGGUGGUGGCCAGGUACUACGGCUGCGGGCUGGUGAUCCCGGAGUGCCUGUUGUCAUGCCGGAUCCUGGACCUGGGCUGCGGCAGUGGCAGAGAUUGCUACCUGCUGAGCCAGCUGGUCGGGGAGCAGGGCCACGUCACUGGCAUAGACAUGACCGAGGGCCAGGUUGAGGUGGCAAAGAAGCACAUUACCUACCACAUGAAUAAGUUUGGCUACCGAAAGCCGAAUGUGGAGUUCCUCCAUGGCUACAUGGAGAAGCUGGGUGAUGCUGGGCUGGUUGAUGAGAGCUACGAUAUUGUUAUCUCGAACUGCGUGAUCAACCUCACCCCUGACAAGAAGGCCGUGCUGCAGGAGGCCUUCCGUGUGCUGAAGCCCGGGGGAGAGAUGUAUUUCAGCGAUGUCUACGCCAGCCAGCGCCUGAGCGAGACCAUCCGGAAGCACAGGGUGCUGUGGGGGGAGUGCCUGGCAGGAGCCCUGUACUGGAGAGACCUGUACAGCAUCACUGAGGAGGUGGGGUUCAGCCCCCCGUGCCUGGUCACUGCCAGCCCCAUCACCAUCGGAGACAAGGAGCUGGAGGGCAUCAUCGGAGACUGUCGCUUUGUUUCUGCAACUUUCCGCCUGUUCAAGGUGCCGGGUGGCAGCCGGGCCGGGCCAGGCCAGGUCAUCUACAACGGCGGGAUCAUGGGACACGAGCGAGAGCUGGUGUUUGAUGCCAACUUCACUUUCAAGGAAGGAGAGGUGGUGGACGUGGAUGCCGAGAUGGCUGCAAUCUUGCGGAGCUCCAGGUUUGCAGAGGAGUUCCUGAUCCAAGCUGGGACCAGUGCCACAGCAGCGCAGGGCAGCUGUUGCAAGGGGGCGAAGGAGAAGAUCUGCAAUCCCUUCCAGUUGCUGGAGCAGCUGGCAGCCCCAGGUCCUGCCUGCUGUCCUCGUGGCACUUGUGGUCCUCCAGGGUGCUGCUGAGCGCCCACACAACAGCAGAUGCCAGCAAGGCAGGAGGACAUGGCCCCAGUGGUGUGUUUUUCACCAGAGAGCAAAUAAAUGUCUGAGCUCAAA